GGAGAAGGUGUCUGCUUUGAUAAAUUCUGGGGAGGCUGCUUGGUGGCUUUCUUCCCUCGUUAGUGGGUCUAGCGGCUUAAGGAAAUUCCUCUUCCUCGACUAGAGGUGGGGGAUAAGCUUGUCUGGAAGGAAGAUCCAUCAGGGUGUUACACCGUUAAAUCCGGUUAUCACUUGGCUUUUCGGCAUAGGCGGAGUCGGGGGAAUUGGAAGGAGGAUGUUAGUCGGAUGGACACGAAGCUUUGGGUGUCAAUUUGGGCUUCUCAAAUUCAACCAAAGCUUAAGUUCUUUCUGUGGCAGAUCUUUAGCCGGAUUUUACCGACUACUGAGGCCUUAAGAGAGAAGGAUGUUAUGGUGGAUGGUAGAUGCCCGGUGUGUUGGUUGGAAGAUGAAUCCUUGGACCAUAUUUUCUUUAAGUGUCCGGUUUCCAAGAUGUUGUGGGAUGCGGCAGGGAUCCGAGGUUUGGCAGCAAGACUUGAUGAGUCUAAUUUUGUUAUUUUGCUGCGGCGGAUGCUUGAACAUGAGCCCUCUCCGGAACGGGUGUGCACGAUAGUGGCGGUGUUAUGGCGCAUCUGGAAAGCCCGGAAUUGGGUGGUGUUUGAGUUAAAGCAGGUGCACUUUGCGAUGCUUCGGCAACAGCUAACAUUCCAAAUUCAGGAGUGGCUUCAGGGAGGGGUGCUCGUUCGGGUGGAUCCGGUUUCAAGCUGUCAGGAUGUGGUGGGGGAAGAGUAUGUUGAAAGCGGGUUAACGUGCUCGUUUGAUGGGGCGGUGUGUGGUCAGUCUCAUGCGGCCUUUGGAAUAGUCAUCCGUGAUGCAUCUAGGGCAGUCGUUCUGGCUAGAGGGGGACACUUGGAUGGAGCGUUUGAUCUAAGCUUGGUGGAGUUGAUUGCGCUUCAUGAGGCUAUUUAUUGGUGCGUGAUUCAGGGCUAGGAUGGGAUGCUGGUGUUGGGGGAUGCAAAGGUUAUCAUUUAUAAGGUGAAUGCUCGUGAAGUGAGGGAUGCACAAGGGGGAGCACUUCUUCAAGAAAUCAGGGCAUUCAGGCAGUUGUUGUGCUAGGUUUUGAUUUUUCCGCUUGGCUCCGCUCGGAGAUGUAAACGUUUCGAUCUAUUUUUCUCUUGGUAAUGCAAGCUAGCUUUGGUUAAAAAAACAUGAUACUGACUUGGAAGAGACUCGUGAAGGCAACAUUCCAAGAUUUAAGUAUUUUAACUAAGAAGAGUUACAAAAUUAUUAACGAUAACUUAAAAAUGGCUAAUAUUUUGAUACAUUAUGAAAUAUUUGGAUAAUUAAUAGAAUUUUAAUAGGUUUGGAUAAUAUAAGAGAAUCUAAAAAAGGUUUGGACAAAAAAUAGAUAUUAUCCUAGAAAAAAAUACAUAUGAUAAAAUAGUUUUGUUAGCUUUUUAAAACAUUCAUGAUAUAAUUUUGUAUUUACAAAAACUUAAUAAAUUAAAUGUAUUUACAAAAACUUGAUAAAUUGAAUGGUGUAAAUUGUCAAAGUCUGUUUAUUAUCAAUAACUUGAGUUGUUGGGAAUUUUUUUUAUAAUAGAUCAAAUACUAUUUAGUAUUUACUAACACUUCCCCACUAACAAAAACCAACUUUUAAGUGCUUACAGUUUUCGCAAGUUCAAAUAUCAUGUGCUUAACAAAUGGAGUCGCCAAGAUUCGAACACAUCAUCUCUCGGUCAACCAUUAUCAAUUAGAAAUGCUCUAAAUUUCAUUCUUAAUUAACUAUUAUACUAAUUUACUCAUGUUUGUCACUAGGAGCCCUGCUACACUCUCCCUGCCCCUAAUUGAAAUAAUUUUUUUUUUGUACAAAUAAGUUAUGAUUUGGUAGAAAUUUGUUGUAGAUAUUGAUAAGUACAUCUUUAAUUUUAGGCAGAUAAUAUGCACAAUUGUCAUCUGUAUAUAACUGGUUAUAAAAACAUUAAAUAUGCUAAUACACUACUUAUUAAACAUACAUCGAAUAUUUAAAAAGGUCAAUCAUUCUCAUUUAAAUACGUAUUAUUUUCAUACCCGAUUAACAAUUAUAUCUAAUUUACCAUUUUUCCUCCGGAGCCAAGGAGGGUCCCGGGAUACACCCUUUAACCCUCUCCCUCCGUCCUUGCAUGUCGUACGCUAGUCCCUUCUAUAUAUAUAUAUAUAUAUAUAUAUUGCCUUCUAUCGUAUAUUGAGCAUGAAAACUAGACUUUAAAUUGACCGGAUUUUGACGUAUGAUACUAUACCCUAACCCUUUAUGAGUGAACCCUAGGUCUUAGUUAUCUAAAUCAUAGACCUUAAACCCCAAAAUGGUGCAUGUAAUUUGUUGCAUAUAUUUCGAUGAAUCAUGACCGUUGAUUAUUGUUUCUAAUCAAAUUGAUCUUACAUAAUAUUCAUUUAAGGGUUAAUAUUUUCGUAUGGCCUGAACUUUGACCAAAAUAAACAUCCUGGCCAAUCUUUUUGAUCUAUAACAUCCAGGCCCGAACUAUACACAAAAAUAAAUAAUUUGGCCAGAUCCGACUUUUGACCGUUAACUUGGACGGUCAAACACGUUGACCGUUAGUCAAACGCGCUGACCGUUAGUCAACGCGCCAUGUCACUGCCAAGUCAGCAUAAAAUAUUUAAAAUAAU